AGGGGUGGAGACACCCAGUUGGGACCUGGACGCGACCAAGUGAGCGAGAUUAAAUCUGGACCUUCAAUUUUGGAGCUGUGCAGCUCCUAUCAUUUGACGCUUUGAUGUCUCCACUUCCAUCUUGAAUAAUUAAAAGAAAAAACUCCGCUUGGAUUUGUACGAGGCCGACAUGGAAUCCACGCAUUGGCUCCACAGCCGCCUGCACAGCUGAAAGCAGACGGAGACGUGGAAACUAGCUCACCACAGGCAAACAGAGGUGCGGAUCAACAAUGGCAACCUGUCGCUGACGUGCACUACUUGUCGCUAUGAGGUGUAAACAGUCGACCAACUGGACCGGAAGCAGGUUCUGAUGGUUGAGUGAGAGAGCCCGCUGCAUUCGAGCGACGCUUAGAGAGCUACGAAUCCGACGUGGAGUGUGAGAGAAGGGGGGUGAUUGCACUGAAAACAUGCCGAGUGACGCCAUGUGGAAACCGGCGACGCGUGUGUUGAGAGCCGCUGUGUACUCUUUGCUGCUACUUCAAACAUUCCUUCACACGUCCACUGGUCUUAAUGUGUGUAUGAGUGGCAGUGCAACUUCUUGUGAGGAAUGUCUCCUGAUUCACCCCAGUUGCGCCUGGUGCGCACAAGAGGAUUUUGGGAGGGGCCGCACCCUGAUGUCACGCUGCGACUUUGUUGAAAACCUGCAAAAGCGGGGCUGCCAGAGCCGUUUUGUGGAAUACCCCACCAACAGCCUCGCGGUGCAGCAGAACAUGCCUCUGAGUUCCAAGGGGUCCGGCUUGACCCAGCAGGAUGUGGUCCAGAUUCGACCUCAGCGCAUCUCCCUUAGUUUGCGACCAGGAGAACAGACGUGGUUUGAGCUACAGGUGCGUCAGGUGGAGGAUUACCCUGUGGACCUCUACUACCUGAUGGAUCUCUCCCUCUCCAUGAAAGACGAUUUGGACACCAUACGCAACCUGGGAACGAAGCUAGCUCUGGAGAUGGGCAAGCUCACUAGCAAUUUUCGUCUGGGCUUCGGUUCAUUUGUGGACAAGAACAUGUCGCCCUUCUCUUAUACGUCACCCAAGUAUCAGGAGAACCCCUGCAAUGGGUACAAGCUGUUCCCAAACUGUGUACCCACGUUUGGCUUCCGCCACAUCUUGUCGCUUACUGACAAAGUGGACCGCUUCAAUGAGGAGGUGCAGAAGCAGAUGGUCUCCCGCAAUCGGGACGCGCCCGAGGGCGGCUUUGAUGCUAUUCUGCAGGCGGCGGUCUGUAAGGAAGAGAUUGGGUGGAGGAAAGAGGCGUACCACCUGCUCGUAUUCACCACAGACGACGUGCCUCACCUGGCUCUGGACGGCCGUCUUGGUGGCAUUGUGCAACCUCAUGAUGGCCUCUGUCACCUAGAUGACAACAAUGAGUACAGUGCAUCCACUCGCUUGGAUUAUCCCUCUCUGGCACUUCUGGGUGAGAAACUAGCAGAAAACAACAUUUUCCUCAUAUUUGCCGUCACUAAACGGUUGUACGUCAUUUAUAAGAAUUUCACAGCACUUAUACCAGGAACGACAGUGGAGAUUCUUGACCAGGACUCGAAGAAUGUCAUCCAGCUCAUCGUCGCAGCGUACAAUAACAUCCGCUCCAAAGUGGAAUUGACAGUGUGGGACCAACCCGAGGACCUCAGCCUGUCCUUCACCGCUACUUGCCAGGAUGGCAAGCCACUGCCUGGCCUCAGGAAAUGCUCAGACUUAAAAAUAGGUGACACGGUGUCAUUUAAUGUGAGCGUGGAGGCGAGGAGUUGUCCCCUUCGUGGCACCGAUCAUCAUUUAGCCAUCAAGCCAGUGGGCUUUAAAGACCGUUUGCAUGUGGCUGUCGAGUACCAGUGCGAAUGCAGCUGCACCCAAGCAGCCCAAAUCAAUAGCACCAUCUGCAGCUCUAUUGGCACAUACAAGUGUGGGAGCUGCUUUUGCGACCCGGGCUACCUCGGUGCCCGCUGCGAGUGCCAGGAGGGGGAUGCGAGCAGCAUAUACGUGGGCGCCUGCCGCGAGAGCGAGGGCAAGCAGUUGUGCAGCGGACGCGGCGAGUGCAGCUGCAACCAGUGCAUGUGCUAUAAAUCGGAGUUCGGCAAGAUAUACGGCAGCUUCUGUCAGUGCGACGACUUCUCGUGUGCUCGACACAAGGGCAUCCUCUGCUCAGGCCACGGAGAGUGUCACUGCGGGGAGUGCAAGUGCCACGCCGGCUACAUCGGGGACAACUGCAACUGCUCUACAGAGACCGCGUCAUGCAUCGCUGACAACGGGCAGAUGUGCAGCGGACGGGGCAACUGCGUGUGCGGACGAUGCCAAUGCACACAGCCCGGCGCCUUUGGGGACACGUGCGAAAAGUGCCCCACUUGCCCGGAUGCCUGCGACACAAAAAGAGAAUGCAUCGAGUGCCGGCUGUUUGACUCUGGAAAGCUCUCAGACAACCAGACCUGCCAGCGUCUGUGCAAGGAUGAAAUCAUCACUGUGGAAACGCUCAAAACCGAUGACCCAGGUUCCGUGCUGUGCCUCUACAAGACGGACAAUGACUGUGUGAUGAAGUUCACAUACUCGGAGCAUGCCAGCGGAAAAUCCGUUCUUUCUGCCCUGAAGGAACCAGAAUGUGGCGGGGGUCCAGAUGCCCUUAUGGUCCUGCUGGCAGUGGUGGGCAGCAUCCUGCUGGUGGGAGUGUUACUGCUCAGCGCCUGGAAGCUGGUCAUCACCAUCCACGACCGCCGAGAAUUCUCACGCUUCCAGAACGCUCGCUCACGUGCGCGAUACGAGAUGGCAUCCAACCCACUCUACAAGCAACCGGUCUCGUCCAGCUUUGGCGACACGGAUAUGUUUGACAAGCCUUUUAAUGGAGGGGUCCAUUGAUUCCUUGGCAUGUGGGGCGGCAGGACCGGUCCAGCAAGAAGGGCCCUUAUUGGGAACCCAGAGGCCCAUACAGACUCAGGCCUCCCCUUUCCUCAGAGGGCCCGCGGACGUGAAAGUAAAAGAUAAAAGACUUGGCUCAAAGAAAAAGCUUCACUUUGUCGUGUUGGUGAGCGAGGAGUCAACGGCCCACCGUUUCCACAAGCUAAACCAGCUGCAAAUCACAUUUAUAUAUAUUUUUAUAAACACUAAAAGGAAAUGGUCUUUGCCAGGCUGAACUAUGCACCCCAGCAGCUUUUUCUGCACAACAAAGUCAGUUUUUUUUUCAAAAAGAAACAUCACCGAACACUUUCCAAGCUGCGACCAAGCUUCUACUAACGUUUUUUUUUCUGAUUGGCUAAAACGUUGUUUUAGCAUAAGACUGCUGCUUGGUGCUUUGGCAUGCACUCAAGAGCCUGGUAAUAUAUUUUGAAGUGUUUUUUGACAUGAUUGGGGUUAAAAAACUGUUCAGAACAUACCUACAGUAUGUACUUUCAGACGCAGGUGGCUUUUUGGAGUGUGUUUGUUGUGUGAUUGCAUUGUUGUGUUCACGUGUAAUUUCAGAUCAAGGCAGGCUCUGCACCUCCUUGAAGUUGGCCCCCAAUUAGAUGCAAAUUUAUAUAAAAAUGUCAUUCGUUUGUGCUUCUAUCAUUUUUGAAAUAAAGACAAAUUUCUUUUAUAGGUCAAUCUGAGGUCAACCAGCCCCCCCAAUUUGGAUUAAAAUGGUGUCAAAUGUUUGUGCUGUAAAAAUUUUCGUUUGUGCUGCUAUCGUUUUUGAGCUAUCGAGAUAGUAAUUUUGAGUGAAGAAUUUCAAGUCAAUCGCAUCACCUCCUUCGCGGCUGAUGGAGCGUACCAACUCUCUCAAUAACGGGGGUAUCCUAAUAACCAGCACAAACAAAUAGCACCCCUUCGGGUCAAUUUUGCAGUAAAUGGGGGGCUUGAGAAAUUUUAAGUGAUGACGUGACUCACAUCCCCCCAUUUAAUGCAAAAUGCUAUUUGUUUAUGCUAUGUUUGCGCUAGUUGGGACACCCCUUUGUUAUUAAGAGAGUUGGUACACUCCAUCAGCCGUGACGGAGGCGCUUUCAUUGAAGUCAUAACUCGAAAUUAAUCUCUCAAAAAACGAUAGCGGCACAGACGAAAUUUUUCACAGCACAAACGUAACACAAACCAUUGACACCAUUUUUAGCCAUUUUUAAUCUAAAUUGGGGGCUGGUUGACCUCAGAUUGACUUGCAAAAGAAUUGUUAAUAUCUCAAAAAUGAUAGCAGCACAAACGCAAACGUUUUUCAGCACAAUCUCGUACAAACGAAUGACAUAAUUUUUCUAUAAAUUUGCAUCUGAUUGGGGACCAACUUCACGGAGGAAGGCUCUGCUACCUUAACCUUGUUCAGGUUUUCUACAAAACAGCUACGCGUUCCCUCCGCCUUUUAACAUGUUAUUACUCUCCAACGCUUGCCGUUUAAUUUGAGCUGAUAAGACAAAAUCAUACCUUUUUUUGUUGUUGUUGUUGUAAAGUUAAUGCGGCAGUCCAUUACAACAAAGGGAAGGCCUCUAAAAGAGCAUACAACAUAGUAGAUGUUAGCACAUUAGCAAAAUGGCCAAUCUAAUACGCAUAUUUAGAUCAAUCUCAAACCCUAACCCCAAAAAGUAAGCUCAGAAAUACUGUUGGCUUUUUGUUUUUUUUUUCUUGAAAUUGGGCUGUGAAUUGUGAGCUCAAUACCGUUUCAUAACAAAUAGUAUGCCAGAGAUAAUAUUGCAAUACAGAGAUUAGGUUAUAUUUUAAUAUAUUGAGCCAGACCACAUACACAACAUGUGAGAUCACAUGAAAAAUGAAAUUAUGUUCGAAAUAUAUAAAGUGGAAAAAGUGCCAACUAACAAGCAUUCCUAAUAUUUAAACAAGUGAUCACCGCACAUGUUUAGUCCAGUGAAAAGACAAUUGUUGUAGUUAAUCCAAAAAAGUUAUUGCUUGAUUAUUUUUUGUACAGAUCUGAUGCUACUUGAAAAGCCAGGUAAAUGGUACUUCAUUCUACUCGUUUUUUUUCACAAACCAACUACAAGUGCAUUUUAAUAUGAAAAAUAAUAAAGUUACUUCAGCAUCUACCUUCAGUAUAAUUAGCAAUAAUAACUUCUGAGAUGGAGUGGCAAACUAUAAUAACAGUCAUAACUAAAUUAACCAUAUUUAUUAACAUCAACUUAAAACAUUUUACACUUGCACCUUUAAUACUGAAUUCAUUUAUGUCACAAGUGUUUGUGUGUGUGAGUGAGGGAGUUUGUGCAAGUCUUUUGAAUUCGCAUCAAGUGUAAAUAAAUAUUGAAUGGGUAAAAGAUUUCACAUCACAACUGAUAACACAGGGUGAAAUGCAGUCCCAGAGUAAUGACUCAAGCAUGUUUAUGCGACUCUGCACAACAACACAAUAAAUGAGCGUGUUUUGGAAGAAGCA